ACCCAGUGGAGUCUCACGCGACGAGGGGCAGCAGAGGGGUUAUUUUUAACUCCAACAACUCAGCAAGCCAGCCAAGUCCAGCUGUGUUUGUGUCUUUGUCUUUGUCAAAGCCAAACAAGUCAAUCCGGACUCUUCACCUGAAACCGUCUAUUCAUUGUUUGCUUCAGAGCUUUCUUACCUCGCCUACUACUCCUCCGCUCUCGACAGAGUAUAUUAGAGCACACUCAUACCAACCGAUAUACACCUAUCCAUACCCAUCCACUCAAGCCUCAAGACAACAUGGCACCUCGAGGCCGUGGCGGAAAAUUCUCCAAACCGACUCGCGGAGGCGGAAAACACUACAGCCGUGACGUGCAACCAGUCGACAAAGACGGCAACGCCGUUGGCAUGUGGCGUGACCCCGCCGACGCUGGCACCGAGUCGUCCUCCUCCUCCGACCACGAUUCCUCGGAUGAGGAAGAGGAAGAUGAUGAAGAAGAACAGGCGCCCGGAGACAUGACGCGCGAACAACGCAAAGCGCUCGCCAAAGCACGCAAAGAAGCGGCGAUUCGCAAGAAAAGAGCCGUGGCGGCACAACCAGGAGAUCUGCCACCGACAGACUCAGACGAAGAAGAUGAUGAAGAGGAAGAAGGGGAUCUACCCGCGAACCCGAACCAUACCUCCAAAUCCCGCUCGCAGGCCGCCGCUGCAGUAGUCGGGAGAAAUACAGGGAAUGAAGUAGCAGCUGCUGCGGGUGCAGGAGAGGGAGGAGGAGGAGCAGGAGGAGGAGGAGGAGGGAAGAAGGAUUUAAGUGAGCUCUCGCGGCGUGAGCGUGAAGCGAUUGAGGCGCAGCAGGCAAGGGAACGGUAUAUGAAGCUGCAUAUGGAGGGCAAGACGGACGAGGCGCGGGCGGAUUUGGAGAGGCUAAGGUUGGUACGGGAGCGUCGCGAGGCGGAUAAAGCAAGACGUGAGGCGGAGAGGGAGGAGAGAGAGGCUCAAGCCAAGGCGAAGCAGGUGGAGUAUGAGGAGAGAGAGAAGAAGGCGCGUGAGGCAGCGGCGGGCAAGGCUGGGAGAGGGAAGAAGGGGGUGAAGAAGUGAUUUAUUUUAUUAACCUGUAGAUAGGCGUGGUAGAAGAUGGAAUGGGGUUCAGAUAUCGACG